CGGAGGCAGUGUGUGAGAGCGCGCACGAGCCGCUGCACACACCGCUGCUUCGGCUGCCCGUGACUCCGGCUCAUCCGGCUCGCAGCAGCACUUCGAGUUGCACCGCGAGCGCACGCUGUCCGCCUCCCCUGCGACCCUCGGCGACGCCACGAGGGGAACCGAAGUUCGUGUGUUCAUUCGGCGCUGUUUCUUUUACCCUGCACUUUGUUAACUCUUUAUUGUUCCUCUUUCCUUUGGAUUCGGGAGUGACUGACGUCCCAUCAGCGACUCGAGGCAGCGGCAGCAUCAUGCCCAAGUGGAGGUACAAGUUCCUGCUUCGGGAGCGCGCCCUGCCCCAGGUGUGAGUGUCUGCGAGGCCCCGACGGCGCGCGGCCGUCACGGGAGCUCAAACUUUGGUGACGCGAACUUUUUCCAGUGCAGAACACUCGAUGAAAAGAGGCGAGAGCUAUGUCGUUCACGAGAAAAGCGAUGCUCAGAGAAAAUGCCGAGUUGAUGGGACAUUACUGCCCCAUUCAUCCCUUGUAAUGAUCCUGGGAAUAACGCACAUUUUGGCUUGUCCCCAGCGGCCGUGUGAUUAGCUAGUGGCACGUUCAGAUAGAGUAACGCGAGGAAAAGGGACCCAGCUGAACAUGAGCUCCGCGGCAGGGCCAGCGGCGGUCGAGUGUUGACGUGUGAGGAGGAAUGGUCGCCCUCCGGCCCAGCCGCCUCGUCACCGCCGCCGCCAAGCGCGCCGAGAACCAGUUUUGCCCGGGCGGCCUCACGCUGCCACGAUGUUCUUCUACCACCAGCUGCUGCUGCUGUUACUGCUGCUGCUGCGCCCAUCACUGCUGCUCUUGUCACCACAUUUGCUGCUGCUGCCCACUGCUGUCCUCAGCCACGUCUCUGUAGACGCCAGUGUGUGAGCAGGAGGAACUCCCCCUCGACCAGCUUCCGCCCAUGACGUACUCCAUCAUCCUGCAGGCUUGCGUCGACUCGUACCGACACCGCAACCUCUCCGCUCACGACCGCUGGUGCAACGCUACUUGGGACAUGGUCUUAUGCUGGCCACCAACACCUGCCGGCGAGAGCGCUCAGUUACCGUGUCCACCGCAUAGGGGCGUAGAUCCUAGCAAGUAUGUGUACAAGCACUGUGACGCGUCGGGGCGGUGGGCUGGCAAGAGCCCGGGGGACUUCAGCCUCCCGCAGGGCUGGACCAACUACACGGUCUGCUUCUACGAGGAAAUCCAGAAGUUGAUGAACGACCUGUACACACGGUCGGAGGAAGACGCACAGUCGAAGCUGGACAUCGCCCAUGGCACGCGAAUCAUGGAGAUGGUGGGCCUAAGUCUCUCCCUGACAUCCCUCUGCAUCUCCCUCGCUAUAUUUUUCUACUUCAGGAGCCUGAAGAACAACCGCACCCGCAUCCACCGCAACCUGUUCGUGGCGAUGGUAAUCCAGGUGAUGAUCCGCCUCGUCCUGUACAUCGACCAGGCCAUCACGCGAGGCAAUAUCUCUGGCAACGAGAACACCAACACCAACUCCUCGUGGCAGGGCAUCGACAACACGCCGGUGCUUUGCGAGGCCUCCUAUGUCCUUCUGGAAUACGCCCGCACAGCCAUGUUCAUGUGGAUGUUCAUAGAGGGCCUCUACCUGCACAAUAAAAUCACAGUGACGGUGUUCCAGCACAGGUUCUACUACAGUGUGUACCACGCCGUGGGCUGGGGGGUUCCCAUCCUCAUGACAGCAGCGUGGGCGGGCGUCACAGCUACACACUUCGGGAACUCUCGAUGCUGGUGGGGUUAUAACUUCACUGCGUAUUUUUGGAUCCUGGAAGGCCCGAGACUAUCCGUCAUAUCGCUGAAUAUGAUAUUCCUUCUAAACAUCAUCCGGGUCUUAGUAACAAAAUUACGACAGAGUAAUUCAAGUGAAGCUCUUCAAGUUCGGAAAGCAGUGAAGGCCGCCAUCGUGCUCCUCCCCCUCCUGGGCAUCACCAACGUGCUCAACAUGAUCGCCACGCCCCUCAGCCGCUCCGUCGUGGAGUUCGGCCUCUGGUCCUACGCCACGCACUUCCUUACCUCGUUCCAGGGCUUCUUCAUCGCGCUGCUCUACUGCUUCCUCAACGGCGAGGUCAGAGCGGCGGUGCGGAAGUACGUGGACAACUACCUCCUCCAUCGCUCGGCUGGCGUCCGGCGCGGCUCAGGAUUGUCUUCCGUGUUUCUUACGACCGUCACCGACCUCCCGCGGGAUUCGCACGGGAGGACGAGGAACCUGUGCUCGUGUCUCAGCGGAAACCAGUCCCCGACGCACGGGUCGUACUUAUGACAGUUGCGACGACUCCCUGGAUGUCCCAGGAAGGGGCCCAGGGGGUCAGUGGGCUACCAGCGGCGCCGCAAGCGGGCCCACGACCGCUCCGGCUUCAGCACCGGGCGCCGCGACGGGCCG